GAAAGCGGCUCCGGGGCGGCGCGGUGGCGCACUGUGCGCGCCGAGCAGGCGGAGGGCUAGCGCUGGAGGCGGCGGCGGCGGAAGCGCGGGCAGUCAAAGCCGACAGACGUUGCAUCUCAGAACCGGCAGUCCCCGGCGGCCUUGGUGGAGACCUUACGCUCUCUUCUCUGUCCCUCGCUCUAUGCCUGGAGCAGGCGCGGCGGCCGUCCCGGAAGAGGCAACUGAAAGACAGUCGAAUCAGACCCCUGGGAGAAGGCAAAUGAAGCUUGAAUAGUUGGUGGGUGCGAGACAGAUACUCAGGCGAGGAGAAGACCGUCGCUGUUGUCCCCAUUCCUGGUCUCAGCCAUGGGGGAGCAGCAGGGGACGCGGGAACUUUGAAGGCAGUGGGUCCCAGGGUGUGAGGGCUGCAGGCUCCGGGAGGCUCCGGAGUUGCGGCCCUAACGUCAGUGGCGUAAAAGCGUCUUGGAACCCGCCGGGACCCCAGCGCCGCCAGAGAGGAAGUUCUUUGCAACUUCGUCGGAGACGUCGGAGAGUCGGGUGGGGAGAGAUUGAAGCCGCAAGUCAGAGCCCCACAAACUCAAAGAAGCAGAAAGAGAAAGGAUCCGGUGGGAACUGGGGGAUCGAGGAACCAGCCUGGCAGCCCGUGGGCCUCGCUGUCCCCCGAGUGAAGCCAAGGGCUGUGUGUCCCGCAGGCCUCCUUGAAGCCGCUCGAACAGGAGGCCGGGGGUGGGGGCUGCAGGCCGUCCCGGAGGCGGGCCCCUAAAAUAUGCCCCCGAAGCUGCGGGCGCCUUGGCCGCAGCUACUCCCGGCAGAGUGCGGAGCCGCCGCCUGAGCCAACCUGGGAGGGAACCCACCAGGAGUUGGGCGCACCGCUCCCAGCCGGACUGCACUAGCUCCGUUUCCCGCCUCUAGGCGCAGCUCUCGGCGAUCUGCGGCAGGGCGGCUUUGAGAGAGGCCCCGAAGCUCCAGCAGUGUUUUCUGAGCCCAGCUCGCACAGUCCCCGGCCUGGCGGCGAGGCUCUUUAGCCGCGCUGGGCAGCCCCUUGGCGCCGGGAGGCGGCAGCCUGGGCCGGCCUGCAGUCUGGAGCGCCCCGAUGGAAAUACACUGUAAGCACGACCCGUUUGCAUCCAUGCAUAGACAUGGAGGAGUGAAUCAGCUUGGGGGGGUUUUUGUGAACGGCCGGCCACUCCCGGAUGUAGUCCGCCAAAGGAUAGUGGAACUUGCUCAUCAAGGUGUCAGGCCCUGCGACAUCUCCAGGCAGCUUCGAGUCAGCCAUGGUUGUGUCAGCAAAAUUCUUGGCAGGUAUUAUGAGACGGGGAGCAUCAAGCCUGGGGUAAUUGGAGGAUCCAAACCAAAGGUCGCCACACCCAAAGUGGUGGAAAAAAUCGCUGAGUAUAAACGCCAAAAUCCCACCAUGUUUGCCUGGGAGAUCAGGGAUCGACUGCUGGCGGAACGGGUGUGUGACAAUGACACAGUGCCCAGCGUCAGUUCCAUCAACAGGAUCAUCCGGACAAAAGUACAGCAGCCACCCAACCAGCCGGUCCCCGCUUCCAGUCACAGCAUAGUGUCCACGGGCUCCGUGACGCAGGUGUCCUCGGUGAGCACGGACUCGGCCGGCUCCUCCUACUCCAUCAGCGGCAUCCUGGGCAUCACCUCCCCCAGCGCCGACACCAACAAGCGCAAGAGAGACGAAGGUAUUCAGGAGUCUCCUGUGCCGAAUGGUCACUCACUGCCGGGCAGAGAUUUCCUCCGGAAGCAGAUGCGGGGAGACCUGUUCACACAGCAGCAGCUGGAGGUGCUGGACCGCGUGUUUGAGAGGCAGCACUACUCAGACAUCUUCACCACCGCGGAGCCCAUCAAGCCCGAGCAGACUGCUGAUUAUUCCACCAUGGCCUCGCUGGCUGGAGGGCUAGAUGACAUGAAGGCCAACCUGACCAGCCCCACCCCUGCCGACAUUGGGAGCAGCGUGCCCGGGCCGCAGUCCUACCCCAUUGUGACAGGCCGCGACUUGGCAAGCACGACCCUCCCCGGGUACCCUCCGCACGUCCCCCCCGCCGGACAGGGCAGCUACUCAGCGCCGACGCUGACAGGGAUGGUGCCUGGGAGUGAGUUUUCUGGGAGCCCCUACAGCCACCCUCAGUAUCCCUCGUACAACGAUUCCUGGAGGUUCCCCAACCCGGGGCUGCUCGGCUCCCCGUACUAUUACAGCGCCGCUGCCCGAGGAGCCGCCCCCCCUGCAGCCGCCACUGCCUACGACCGUCACUGACCCCUGGAGCCAGGCAGGCGCCAAGCACUUAUGACACAUAUCACUGAAGGCCAUAGCCUCCCAGUCCCCUCCGAUGACAGCCAGAGGGGCCCCAUGAGACACCCCCCCUCCCCCCGCAGCAGCCCCCUACUCACCUGAAACUCCCUCCUCCUUUUUCCGCCAGGGACUCCAGGGCUCUAUGGUAGUAGGGCUCUUGGACUUCUAGACACCUGUCCAUUUCUAAGAGUCAAUCGAUGAGCUUUGCCCCAUGGCACCUGGGUCUCUGCAAACCAACAGAUUGUUCUGCAGGCAACUGCAGCCCCAGCCCCGGCUGCCAGUCCCCUAGCUGUCUGACCAUUUGCCCGUCUUCCUGCCCCAGGCCUGGGAAGGAGAGUUUGCUUUUGUUGCUUCAGUGGCACCCCUGUAAAUACCUUCCUGCUUUUUUGUGGACCCAAGGGUCCAACUGAGCUGACUGCCCCCCGCCCCCAUGAUGCAUCCAGCACUCCCAGUGCAUCAUAGGACAUCACAGACCUGUUCACAGAGCACCCCCUCUGCCCUGGGUGCCCCUGAAGGUGGAUGUGGAGCUCUCCUUGAGACCAAGGAUGCCCACCUGGGGGCCCCAGCCUCCUGCUCAUUGCUACUUCUUUAAUAUCUGGACUAAGAGCCUCACUGGGCUGAUUUUGCUCUAAGCACCCCCCCCAAGACCCCUCCCCAAGAGAAACACACCUUGGGGAGAUGCCCUGGCUUUCUGCCUCAUUUCCCUGGGCCCAAUGCAGUGCGAGCAGCUCUUUUCCAUAUCGAAGGACUCAAAGAGAACUGUCUGGGUGAUUCCUCAGCUACUGUUCUAAAGUAAGAUGUCUUCCCAAGUGCUGAUUGCAUGAUGGACUUGGAACAAGAGGGCUGGUCAGGACCCAGGAGAUGGUGGUCCAAGGCGGGGCCUGAGGCUCUCCUGACCCCCCCAGCCCCUGGAACCACUGAACUGAACUGGCAUGCGUUUUCGGAGGCAUGUUCAGGCUCAAAAUUACACUGGACACCCACCAUGGACAUUUCUCCUACCCUCCAGGAUGCCAGGGAGAGGAUUCUGGACCAGCCUGUCCCUGCCACGUAGACAGUGAUUAACAAAAAGGACUGUGCCUGGACCAAGGACCGCACAUACCUAGAGCAGCCAGCCAGAGCAUCCUGACCAGCCCCUCCUCGCCCUUGUGGCGCCUAGUAUGCAGCUGGGAACCGAGAUGCCCGGGUGGGGCAGACGCCCGCUUUGCAUAGUGGGUACCUCCCUGUUGAUCAAGGGGCUGGGAUGGUCAGGGCUGCGGCCAAGGACCUCAGCAGCCUGGAGGGGUUGCUGGGAGAACUCCCUGUAAGGCUGAGGGGUCAGAAACAGCCACCUGCGAAGAUUUGGGAGACAGAGGAAAGCUUCCUGGGAGAGGAGCAGGACAGGCAGUGAGGAACCGGUAUGUGACCUGGGAAUGGUUCAGAAACGGGGGAGCCUGGGGCCACCAUCUCUUUGCCAGGGGCCUCAAUUCCUUGCACGGUGUCUCUUGGCGACUCACAACAGCCAGGUAGAGGCCCCUGCCAAAUCUGGGCCGACGUACAGCCUUGACAGUAGGCUUUGCCAUGGCCUGUGACAGUGUGCCCCGUGUCUGCAUGUCACCACGUUGGCAAAGAGCUGAGACAGAGAGAACUCACACUUGAGGUUCUCGGGCCUGAGAGGUCUUGUCCUGGCUGCCCCUCUGCCUUGCUGUGGGAUCUCAGGCAAGACCCUUCACCUCUCUGAGCCUCAGCUGCCUUAGCACAGCAGGGUCCCCUGCAGGGCCCCCUAGUAGCUCUCCCCUUCCCUUACUUUCUCCCCAGAUGCUGGGGCUAUGACAGGGGCACCUGGGGCAGGUCUUCCACUGCUGAGCAGGCCUGGGGGUGGGCACCCGAGUCCUGCUAAUAUUUGGACCAAGAGAAAAACAAGAACACCUUAUGGGGUGAGAGACAGUCUUGAGGAAGACCUAGAUCAGCUCCCCUCAGGGGAAACUGAGGCCCAGCUUGGGGGAGCCCAGGUCCAAGCAAGGAGACAGAGGGGCCCUCCUCUGACCGCCACUAAGUGCUGCCCCCCUCUACACCUUACAAGGUGCUGGGAUGGAAGAGGAAGCUGAGGCUCAGCAAGGUGGAGUCCCCAGGCAGUGGCUUGCAGAGAGGAGAGGCUGGGACUCAAGCCCCUGACCACAAAGCGAUCCUCCCACCCCCGGGGUGGGAAGCUAAUGGCGAGGGUGGCAGACAAGGUGUCCCGGGGCUGUCAGAACGGCCAAGGAAGCCCAGUCACACAGGGCAGCGGUGGAGCCGGUGAGCUCAGGGCAGGCACGGCCGCCCACUGGAAUCUGCUGUGCAAGGAAGGGAGGUGACCGGGGCCAGAGCCCACCUGCAGGAGCCCAGGUGAACCGACUCCUGCCUCCACCUGCCCAGCGAGUUAGGAGAAGGUAUGUUACGUGGCUUCUCCCUCCUUCUCUCCCUUCCAGAGAAAGUGGUGGCGGCUGGGGUCUGCAGCAUGGGCCUCUUGGCCUCUGUCACCCUCUGGAUCCUGGUCGCUCCUAUGGUCUCAGGCUGCAGGGAGGAGGUCAGCGCCCCCCAGCUGGCUGUCUAAGGCACAUCCAAUCCUUGCUCAGCAAAGCCCACCAGCCCCAGGCACACCCCUCUCCCCAUCCUGUUCCUCCUCUUGACCUGUCAUGAGCUCCCUCUAUGCCUUUCCUCUCUCCUCUGAGGCUCUGCGGGUCCUCAGGCUGCAUCUGUAAUGAUUAGACACGCACUCGACCCCUGGGCCGCCAGGCAGAUGCACAAGUGCACACGGAUGACAUGCAUGUUCCCACACACGUACCUGCUCUCGCCAACUGAGUUCCCACACUGACCAACCGAGCUGCCUGGGAGCUUGGAGAGGAAGGUUCCAAAGGGCACAAGCCGUUGAGUAGAUGCCAGAGAAUUCUGAAUGGAAAACCUAGGCCAGGGCUUUCACCAGCAUCGCGGCCGGAGGCCUGGGGUGUUCCUCUGUGGGCCUUCAGCCCCGUGUUCCAGCUCUGACUUUUGAAAAGGACAUUGUCAAUUUUGCAGAAAUUUUUCAUACCAUUAGCCUCUCUGCAACCUAGAACAAUUUGAUGACAUAUCAAACCCACCAUCCCUUUCCCAAGGCGCCUUAGGGUUAACCCUUUCAUAAUGAUGUUUGUAUGGUGCUUUGCAAUCCUUGACCAUCCCAUGGGGCAAAUAGCACAACGCCCAUUUAACAGAUGGGAAAACUGAGACUUGAGGUUCGCAUGGCAAGAUAGAGGUAAAGAGAAUUCUCAGAUCUCUAGGCCUCAUUCUCUCUCCAUAUUCAUGCUCCUGUCAUGGGAAUGUAUGGCUCAGAAGAAUCCUUUAAUCCCCUAAAAACCCCCAGACCUACAAUGAAAAAACAAACAAACAAAACGAAAUGAAACAAACCAGGGACUCAGAGGCUGAGGCCAGAUAGAGGGGCCGAGGAGUUGGUGGCCUUGCUGGUCCAACUUUAUUCCCAAGAGCACUGAAAAUGCAAAGUUUUUGCCAGAUUCAUGCCAAGUCUACUGAGGUUUCAUCCACACUCCUUCCUUGCUGUGCCUGAGACUCAGAGGGAACUGGAGCUUGUCCAAGGCCACACGGCAAGCCCUGACAGGCCCUGGAUGUGGACCCAGCUCUGACUCCCAGGGGCCAGGGCUCCAGUGUCAGGAGAUGUCCCCACCCUCCUCUUUUCUUUGUCCCUCCUGCUGUGGAACAGACUUCAGAUCUGGCUGUGACAAUAUGCAGGAAUCCCCAGAUUCAGGCCAUCGGGGCUGCCCAGAGCCCUGGGAAGCACAGAUCACCACUUCAAGGGCCCUCGACCUGCUGCUUCCCAGACCAGCCAGGUGGGGUGACCUUGCCAUGCUUCAGGGCUCUAGCAGCAUGGGUGGUGGGGGCUUGCCCUACCCAAUGGCAUUCAAGCCAGACAACUUUUAUGAGACUGAUGCGCUACCUACUGCGCUAACUAGGCACCUCAAGUAGGACAACUUUUAAAAUGCUCUGUCACCCUCAAAACCAGAAAAGUCUGUGGGUGAAACUGGACUCACUGGACAUCAGCUUAUGGCCCCCCGUCUUUGUCCAACCCUCCCUUUCUUGUUCACAUCCUCGUCCUUCAUUGCAGAUCUGGGGGACAUGGGAGCCCGAAGAGAUAAGACAUGAGAUUCCUGUGGUCCAGCAAGUCAGUGUCAGGAACAGGCAUCCCCAGUUCUUACCCCUUCCCUCCCUCAUCCUGGGCUCUUAGGGGCUCUUUGGGCUUUGAAGGCGGGAGGGGUGGAGCAUCAGAGGUGGGAGGGAUGGGGGACUAUUGGCUUUGAGGGGAGCUGAGUGCUGCCAGGGUCUUUCACAUGUCCAGGGAACAGCCCCAGAUGUGGCCACGAGGCACUGAGGGGUGACAUCGCUUUAUGAGAAGUCAUAUCAAAGCUCCCGCUCUGCCUUUGACAGCCUCUGGCUCCAGCCACCCUCUUUUGGAUGACAUUUCAGUUAGACCUGAGCUCCAAGCCAUGGAGAGCAAAUAUUAAAAUUAAACCAAGCACUCCUGACAAAUACUUGGAAACAGGUUAUGUCUGAGACACAACUGCUCUGAGGGUAGAGAAAAAUCCAGGCCCCUGGUAGGCCAGGCUAGAGUGGCUGGAUCCACAGCCCUGGGGCUACAGCAGCUCCCCAGGGGCCCUGAUAAGAGGUAGCUUAGCCUCAUCACCAAUCCAGGAGCCACCUUUGAUGGUUUCCGGGCACGCACACCAGUGCUCCUGGAGAGCUCAUUCCUUUGGUUCUUUUGGCCUCGGAGAGCUCCAAGGCAAGCGUAUUUCUUAAAAGCUAAUAAAAUACAUUCCUACAAGUUGGAUAGUCAGGCCACGACUCCCAGCCUGCAUUCUGCGCCCCCUCCCAGCAGCCCCUACAGCCCCUUGUCCCCUGUUGCCCCUGUACCUCAGGAUUCCCUCCUGCAUAUUCAUGGUGGAGCCACAGUGUUGAUCCAUACUUCCCACUGUCAGCGCGGCUGUGUCUCCAGAGUGGUGGCCGGGUCCCAGGGGGCCGCUGCAGAGGACUGGAAGCGAGUCCCCUGCCCGCCUGCUCUCCUGACGAGGGGGCUGCCGCUUCUCUGACACGGGCUGCUCGCUGGGAGCAGGCUGGUGCCAGGCUCUCUUUCAUUUGCUGUAAUUUCUCAACACCAGGGUUCCAUUCCUGGAUCAAAGGGGAUAUUGGGGUCACGUUCCUGCCAUUCUAGAGUUUGAAUCCAUAUGUUCCCAGGGGUCCUGUUUGGCUCAUCUCCAAGUUAAGGGUUAACAUAUAACUACCAUUCUCUAAAUCUCUUCUGCUCCCCGCAUCUCAGACCCCUGAGGCACACAAGGAGAAAAUGCAGCAGCUUAUCUAUUUAUUGAAGGGAUCUUGAUGGCCUCAGGUGAUAUAUUUAACCUCUGGGCAGGAGGGAGAGGGCAGGAAUCCUGCCCUAUAGUUUUGGCCAGCUCUGAGCGUGGCAGGGAGGGAAGUGUGUGGAAGAGCUGGGGAAGGGACACCUGGGCAGUUACGUGCCCUACUCCCUGACUCCAAGGCCUGGCUGGAGGAGGCCGGGCUGCAGCCUCACCCACCCUAACCUGGGCUCACACACUCCUGUGGCCGAAGGGCCACCCUUAUCCCCCCAAUCGGCACACUCAUAACCACAUCCCCCAUCUUCUCCAAAAGCACCAUUAGGAACGAGUGAUUUUGGAUGAUGGAUUUUUGAUUUACAAACGGUGCAUUUCCCUUGGAGUGGAACAGAAAGGAAACCAUUUAAUGGCUCCCUUAUUUUCAAGCAUGAAUACAUUUUAAUGAAACCAUUUUAUUGUAUUUGAGGAAAUGGAGAGUUGAACAUUCCCACCAAUCAAUAGCCAAUUAAUUGCUAUAAAGCUAAAAAGAAAAUAAAUAAGUCCUGAGUCUAUUUUAAACACCCUCCAAAGCUCAGAGCCUCCAAAUCUGGCCUUCCCCUCCACACGUGCCCACGUGAGGGUACACACACACACACACACACACACACACACACACACACACAUGAGCGCGUGUAUGCAUGCGCACCCCGACACCUCAGACAUACUUGAAACUCAGAGAAAGCACUGAGUCUCCUCAUGCCAAUUCUUGCCUGCUCUUCUCGCCUUUGGUCAGAGGAGGUGAGCAGACCUGGCAGCAGCCCAUCCUGGGGCUCGGGAAGAGGCAGACCCAGGUCCUGGCCCCCAGCCGCCAGCACAGCAUGGAGGAGCAAGCAGUGAGGCCCCCCUUCUCGGCCCCAACUGCUGGGCCUCCAAGUUUGGGCCAAGGGUGGAAAUCUGACUCGGGUUUGGCCCUGACUCGCUGGAAGAUGCUACCCUGGUCUUUCACCCUCUAGUGGCCUUUGGACAUUGAGUAUUUGUAGAAAUGCAGAUUACAUUGCAAAUGGAACUCUUUGCCAGGAAGACAUAUGGAUUUUGCUUUUCAUUCUUUGAGACAGUUGACUUUGUCUUAGGGACUGACCUUCCAGCAUCAAAGAAAUACAUAUCUACUGUAUCCGCCAAAGUUUGUGAUGCCUGCAUAGACGCUUACUUGUUAAAAAAAAGAAAAAGUACAAAAAAAGUACAAAAAAAAAACAACCCCCCCCAAAAAAAAACACCACAAUUGAAUUGCCUUUGAAAGUGGGA